AUGUCGGACAGCGAUACGGAUCCCGAGGAGGAGCUCUUUCACCGGGCCACAGAGCAAGUGGCCAGGCAAUCGGCUAACAUUGCCUCCGCGGAUCUCCUUCUUUUCUACGGCUACUACAAGCAAGCCACCGAGGGUCCCUGCGAGAAGCCAAGUCCUGGGCUGCUGCAACUGAAAGCCAGGAGCAAGUGGCAGGCAUGGCGGAAUCUUGAAAAAAUGUCGCCUUCGGCUGCCAGGCAGGCCUAUAUCCAGAAGCUCGAUCAACUGCAACCCAACUGGCGUAAUCAGCGCAAACCUGGUUGGGUGGUGCACUCCAUUGAAUCGGCUCCCCUGGAAGAUCAGCGUGUAGACAGUGAGAAGACUCUAUUCGACCACGUCAAGGAGAAUAAUCUUGAUAGGCUGAGAGAACUGUUGGCGCCCGGGGAUCUGGCGAAGUUGGAUGAGCAUGGCAUGGCUCUCAUCCACUGGGCCACCGAUCGCAAUGCCGUCGAUAUCAUCCAGUUUCUGGUGAGGAGCGGUGCCAGUGUAGAUCAGCGGGAUGCGGAGCAACAAACGCCUCUGCACUACGCCGCUAGUUGCGGGCAUAUGGAGGCACUGCGAUGCCUGCUGGAGCUGCGGGCCAAUCCGGAGCUGUGCGAUUCGGAUGGACAGACCUGCUACGAUGUGGCCGACGAUGAGCAGAUCUGCCAGGCUCUCCAAGCGGAGCGAGAGCGUCUCACUGGAUCCUAACGCUGAACGUUAUUGUCUUUUUUUAUAUGGUGCUUUUAUGCUUUGAAACUCUGUAAAGUGUUGUGAACCAUCGUAAUUCACCGAUAAAUCACCUGUAUUCUUGAAUAGAAACCAUUGCUCCUCUUAUAGGGUAAUACAACCGCUUUUUAAUUUUUAUGUUAAGUAUUCCUGGUGACAUAAUAAAUUCUGAAAUAUUAUCACUAUAAAA